CGGAGUUCGGAGCUACCGCACGUCUCUCGGAUAUUUACUCACCCUGCACUACUUCCCAACAAGCUGCGCGUUUUGACACCGGUGGAAACUUCAUAUCCCUGUUCACGUACCCCCAGGGGCCGGACGCAAGCUAUCUUUGACGAUGCUUUACUGUCUGCUGGCUCUCGUGACACUCGUGCUGCUGGACGCGGACGCCAGGCACGGGGAAACGACGUUCGGAAACAACAACAACAAUGGGAGCCCAUUGGACAACGACAAGUGGAUGAGCACCGUGUCUCAAUACGACAAGGACAGAUACUGGAACAAAUUCCGAGACGAUGACUUCAGGAGCUGGACUCCAAGCAAGCCGGCAGACUCAGACACAAAGGCCCACGCUGGGAGGAACGGGGAACCAGGACCCAAGAGCCACUCGGUGCCGGGGAAGUGGAAGAUAGACGAUGGAGGUUUGGACAUCACCAAGGACCCUUGUCUGAAAGUCCGCUGCCCACCGCACAAGGUGUGCGUCAGCCACGACUACCAGACAGCCAUCUGCACCAAUCACAAGCAGGUGCCCCACAGCAGUGUGAAGGCCAAAAGAGGAAGCGUGACCCAUAAGCAGCACAAGCUGGCCGAGGUGAAUCAUGGGAAAUGUAGGCCCUGCCCUGCCCUCCAAGCUAACCCAGUGUGUGGCUCAGAUGGACACACCUACACAUCCAAGUGUAAACUGGACUUCCAGGCCUGUACCUCUGGCAAGAGCCUGCUGGUGAAGUGUGAGGGCCCAUGUCCCUGUCUGCCUGGACAGGAACUCAUCAAACACCACAGUGAAAAAUCUGCCUGUACGGACAGUGACCUGCGCAGCCUGGCCUCCCGCCUCAAGGACUGGUUCGGGGUUCUGCACCAGGACGCCAACAGAGACCUCAAGAUGUCCAGCGACAGCUCACAAAGCCACUUCGACACCAGCAUCCUGCCCAUCUGCAAGGACUCGCUGGGCUGGAUGUUCAACAAGCUGGACAUGAACUACGACCUGCUGCUGGACCACACCGAGCUCAGCGCCAUCUACCUGGACAAGUACGAGCUGUGCAUGCGGCCGCUCUUCAACUCCUGCGACUCCUUCAAAGACGGCAAGCUCUCCAACAACGAGUGGUGCCUCUGCUUCCAGAAACCAGAGGGUCUUCCGUGCCAGAACGAAAUGAACAGGAUUCAGAAUCAAAGCCGACGGAAGCCUCUAUUAGGGGCCUACAUUCCCAGAUGUACUGAUGAGGGCUACUAUAAGGCCACUCAGUGCCAUGGGAGUCAGUGCUGGUGUGUGGACAAAUAUGGCAAUGAGAUCGCCGGCUCCAGGAAGCAAGGCAACCCCACCUGUGCAGAGGAAGACCAGGAGACGUCUGGAGAUUUUGGCAGUGGAGGCGCCGUGAUUUUACUGGACGACCAGGAGGAGGAGGAGCCCCGCAUGAGUGGGCGUGUCCGACAGAAGGAGAGACGAGGCAGACUCCGCCCCCGCGGCGCUAUUGAGGAUGACGAGGAUGAAGACGACGACAAAGAUGACGAGAUCGGCUUCCUGUAGUAGCUCUACCCAUCUCUCUCUCUUUCUCUCUGUUUCUAUCUCUCCCUCUCUCUCUCUACCAUUGGCCUACCAGGGACCCCAGUUCAACUGCACAGAUCUAAAGCCAUUCCUCCUCUUUUCCUCAACCAUUAUUCAUCCAUUCUUUCUUUCUCUUUCUCCUUUUUCGCACAGUUCUCUGUUUCUUGCCCCUGUGUCAGUUCGCUCUUGUUUUGCCCUUUUAUCCCAUUUACCCCCAUCUCUCUCUCUCUACCGAUCCCCAGUUCUUCUCCUCACAAUUACGGGACUCUAUGGAAUCAGUAAAGACUCUUUUGUGACCUUCUGUGACCUUUAAGCCAGUACAGCUAAACGAGUAUGUCCCUGUUCUCUCCACAACUCUCAAUUGAACCUACUUCUUCCCUCUCUUCUUGUCAUCCACUCUCUAUGGUCUCUGUCACUCUAUCUUGAGCUCGUUCUCUCUCUUUUCAUCCCUGUCUCUAUAACUCCUUUUCUCUCUCUCUCUCUCUUUCUCUCUUUCUCUAUCCCUCUCUCAGUCUCUCAGUCGUUCUGCUAGUCUGACUGACGCCAGAGAGGUGUUGGAUGUAUAUAUUUUACCCUCCUCCAGAUAGGGAGCAUUUGCUCUUGCCUCUCUCUCUCUCCUGAUGUUCUCAAAGGAGGCAUUCUAGAGUGUUCUAAUACAGAGGUGUCAGGAGAACCCCGUAGAACGCCAGUCCUCCUCUUUUACAGCAUGUUCCGGGAGCUCUUAAGGUCGAGGUUAGAGAGCGUUCAGCGAGACUUACAGUGGGUUCUGUUUUGUUUGUCUGUUUUUAUUUAUUCAUUUUGAAUGCAUGUCUACCCAUUGUGAAGGGGGAACAAGAGGCUUGGGUUGGCAGCUUGACUUGGUUUUGUUUUCUUUUUCUUUUUCAGAAAAAAAACAACAAGUAUAGUCAAGUCUCACCGUCUCUAAGUACAAGAUGCAUUUUUAAUUUUGUGAUACCGGUGACGUUUGCCGUUCUGCUGCAUCCUCUGUCGCUUAUUUCUGAUGCCUCAGCUUUCCUGUUUGUUUGAUCCUGUGUCUUCUUCGUCCACCUCCUCCUCCGCCUCCUCCUCCUCCUCCUCCUUUUAAGACAAACAAUCAUUUUUUUCCGUGGGAGACAUUUUGUCCUUGAGACAGAGGACUCUUAUCUACUAGACUACACUGACAAACUCGGGAUCAAAAACUCAUUCAGUCGCCAAAUUUUCUCUUUGUUGUUGUGGAACAGUGUUUUCCGCGGCUCUUAAAGGUUGUUUUCUAUUGUCCACCUUGAGAGGGAUGCUUUGGCCGGCUUUGCCCUUUUUGCUUGGGGAUGUUCGUUUUGCUUUUUGUGUUGUUUGGUAGUGUAUUUUUCCUCGCCAUGGAUGACCUGAGAAGGUGUAGCGGACAUUUUCAGUAGGAACGGCACAAAAUCAGUUGGUCAUUCGUCUUGACCUUUUCAAAGCUACACAAAGACCUUUCUUCAGAAAUGAAUUGUGAAGUAAAGCUGCAGAAGUAACUGAAAGAAAAUGUUCAAUUUCUAUCUGCCGUGAAAGAAGGAGGAAAAAAACAAUAUUGUGUUGUGCUCUUCGGUAGACCCCUGUCAUUGCUAAAAGGGGGAAACGUUUCUGCACCAGUUUAAAUGUCAGAGAAAAGCUACUGAGGAGGUAGGCUAGGCUACGACAGAACUUUCUAGAGUGCAUUUAGGGUCUCUUCAUUCAAGUAAGUUUCGCAGAGAAUGUCUCACAAUAACAUCCACAUGACUUGCUAGAGAGUCAAUCACAAGUCCCAGAUGAACGGCAAGUCACAUUAGCUAGAGCAUCUACAGUGCUAUCUGUGUGCGCAGCUCCAUUCAACUUUUAAAAUGGCUGCCCCAGAUGACUGAAAGUACUGAUGUAGGCUAUGUGAGUUUUUCUCUCUCUCUCUAUUUCUCCACCCCCUGUGUGUGUGUGUGUGUGUGUGUGUGUGUGUGUGUGUCACAGGCUAGUAUUUCUGUCGUCUCAUAAAUCUCUUUAUGACUAUUCAUUACCAGGCUCAUAUCGCAACAGCAGCAGGUAAUCGAUGCAUGGCAUUAGCCCGCUGCGGCGCGGAGCUUGUUAAGCAGCGUUCGCUGAUUUAGUGAGGGGCGUUCAGGCGCGGGCGACACUAAGUCCGAGCGGCAGACCCGAAAUCAAAACCCCCCUGCUUCAAUUAGCGGGAUUUGAGGAAAUGCAGACUUGAUGUCAUUUGAUCUAUGGACGCGAGCCAUUGAGUUAACCAAGCUCAGCAGCACCGUGAACCGAUCUGCCGUGGAUGAAAUGAGUAUUUCACGCCCACCAGCGGUUUCUCUCUCUCUCUCUCUCUCUCUUUCUCUCUCUCUCUCUCUCUCUCUCUAUUUCUAGCAGCCUCCGGUUCACUACAGUAUUUCUGUUUCCCUGAGUCAAUCUUCAUCCUCAUUUUUCCGAACGGUUCACUUUCUAGGGUUUCAGCUCCCUUCUAUUCCCUUCUUUUUGUUGUUUUCUUGCUCUCCGUGCAUUUGUUGGAGUGCAUUAGGGCCUAGAGAUGUGUGCUGUAUUGCCGCGCGUGUGUGUGUGUGUAUGUGUGUGUGUGUGGGUGGGAUGACCAUGGUCAUCAGCAUUUUAAGCGUGCAAGUCAAAGGGAAGCCCCACGGGGGCGAGAGGAGCAUUUCCUGUGGGCUCCUGCGUCUCCACGGAGAGGGAUGAUACGGCUGGUGAUCAGGGGAGCACAAGGGGCUGAUGGGUAAUAGGAGGCCAUUAGACGCCUGGGGACGGAGGCUUUCAUCUCGCCCGACCUCCCACAGGACCCUGCAAAGUGAAAAGAAGCCUUAAAGAGGGAUAUUAUGUUGGCUUCAGCAAUUCUACUCUCUUUCUCUCUCUCUCUCUCUUUCUUUCUCUAUUUUUCUCUGUCUUUCUCUCUCUCUCUCUGCUCUUUCUCUCAUGUACUCAUUCUCUCCUUUUCUUCACCUUUUGUUGCUCUUGCUGUCACAGUAUUUUUCUCUCACUGUUCCCUGUCAAAAUUUCUCUGGUUCUUAAUUUCCCCUGUUCUCGCUCCUCUAUGACCUCUACACGCAUAAAUACGCACACACACACAGACACAAACACGCACACACACACACACACUCAGACACACACACAUUCAGACACACACACACUCUUUCUCUCUCUCUCUUUCUUUCGCUUUCUGUCACACACGCGCUGAGAAAUCAGAGUCUACUCAUCGUACAUAUUUGAAUGUUGUCACGUGUGAAGCCUCUGAAACUUUAACAGCAAGUGUAAUGAGAGCCAUCUGUCUUGUUGUUUCUGCUUCCUCCAUCAGUCGGCUGCUAAUGUUAAAUCACACUGUAGACUUUUUAUGAUCGAUCCCCUCUCUCCAAAAUGGACUUGCUGAUUAUUUAUGAAGGCUGUGUAGCUGUUACAAACAGACACACACGUUCACAUGGGCUCUGUUCUUCUCUCUUUUUUUCCAUCUUUCUCUCUCUGACACACACACACACACACACACACACACACACACACACACACACACACACACACACACACACACACUUCUCUGACUCUGACAUCUGAUAUUGCUCUCCCUCAACACUAACAAUGUGAUAAACGGAUAUAUUGUUGUUGGCCCUAUAUUGUGCUUGUAGCCUGCUCAACAUCAAUGAAAGCUGCGUUUCUCUCUCCUUCCCUGAUGUGCCCUGGCUCAUAGGAUCCCCUCCCUGUCCAUCUUUUUAUUUGUAUUUAUGGUGUGGUUAUAUGGCCUGACUUCAGAGGUCACCUAUACAGACAAUUGCAAACCAUAUUACAUACCCUACAGAUGCACUACUACUGUUACCACCAUUCUCUUGACUGGCACAUGUAAACAGUUAAUGGCCAUAUUUGCAAGAGUUUCCUUUGUUAAUUCUAUAUAUUUUUUACUUUGUAAAGAAUAAGAAAAAAAAAGUACUAUCUGACCGUGAGAUGUAAUAUAAUAUGCAGUAGUGUGGCUUUGUCCAUUUGCAUCACAGAGACUGAGUGUGUAUAAAUCUGUAGUCCUGAUUGUAGUUAUAGACCCCCCCCCUCCUCUCUUCUCCUCCUCUCUCCUCUCUUCUUCUCCCCUCUCCUCUCUUCCCCUCCCCUCCCCCUUCUCUCUCCCUCGCUCCUCUUUCCUGCUUUCUUGUAGUGUAGUGAGGUUUUAUUUUUUAUUUUCAAAAAUCUGUCUUUUUCUUCUGCCCCCCCCACCCCCACCCCACCUAUGUCCUCUCGAGUCCAAACGGAAUGUUGAUGUGCUGGGCUGAUGACUUUUUGUUCUGAUUUUAACUGUAAAGAAAAACAAAAUUCCAUAACAAGAUAUGAAAAUGAUGUUUGUCUGAAAUAAAACUCGAGUCUGUCCUGUCCUGUU